ACAUCUCUUUUAUUUUUAGGCCAAGAAAAACCAGGAAAGCAUUUCAUUUCAGUGCCUCAGAGAAAAUAUGAGUUCAACUGGAGCCAGAAAACCCCAUGCAGUAUGUGUUCCCUAUCCAUCACAGGGCCAUGUUACCCCAAUGAUGCACCUAGCCAAGCUUUUGCACUCAAGAGGCUUUCACAUAACCUUCGUUAACACUGAGUUCAACCACGGGAGAUUAAUCCGGUCCAGAGGACCAGACUCUGUCGAAGGCCUGCCUGAUUUCCGGUUUGAGACCAUACCGGAUGGUUUGCCUUUGCCACCAUCUGAUUUUGAUGCAACACAAGACGUUCCGUCCUUGUGUGAUUCAACAAGGAAAAAUUGUAUGGCCCCAUUUAAAGAGCUCCUUACAAAGUUGAAUUCAUCAUCUGAAGUGCCUCCUGUUACUUGCGUAAUCUCAGAUGGAGUCAUGAGCUUUGGCAUAAAAGCUGCAGAAGAGUUUAACAUUCCCCAGGUUCAGUUUUGGACAGCCUCAGCUUGUAGCUUCAUGGGAUAUUUGCAUUUCAAUGAACUCACCAGAAGAGGCUUCGUUCCAUACAAAGAAGAAAAUUUACUUCGAGAUGGCUAUACACCUAUUGAUUGGAUCCCUGGUUUGAGUAACAUCCGAUUAAAAGACAUGCCAACCUUUAUCAGAACCACAAACGAUGAAAUAAUGUUUGAUUUUAUGGGAUCAGAAGCAGAGAACUGCUUAAACUCUCCUGCAAUUAUCUUCAACACAUUCAACGAAUUCGAAAAUGAGGUGUUGGAGUCUAUAAUUGCUACCAAGUUCCCUAACAUUUAUACAGUAGGUCCUCUUCCCUUGCUUUUAAAGCAUAUCCCAGCUGAAAGCGAAUCCAGGUCACUUGGUUCAAGUUUAUGGAAAGAAGACUUAAACUGUCUUGAUUGGCUUGAUAAAAGAGGACAUAAUUCUGUUGUGUACAUUAAUUAUGGAAGUGUGACCGUAAUGACAGACACACACUUGAGAGAAUUUGCUUGGGGCCUGGCAAAUAGUAAACUACCGUUUUUAUGGAUAAUUAGGCCUGAUGUAGUGAUGGGUGAUUCUGCAAUCUUGCCGGAAGAGUUUCUUGAGCAAAUUGAUGGUAGAGGAUUAUUAGCAAGUUGGUGUCCACAGGAUCAAGUUCUUGCACAUCCAUCAGUUGGGGUUUUCCUGACACAUUGUGGGUGGAAUUCUAUGAUGGAAACUAUAUCCUGUGGCGUUCCAGUAAUCUGCUGGCCUUUUUUUGCUGAUCAACAACCGAAUUGCCGGUAUGCAUGCACCAAAUGGGGGAUUGGAGUGGAGGUCAAUCAUGAUGUUAAGAGAAACGAGAUUGAAAGUCUUGUUAAGGAAAUGAUAGAAGGGGACAGCGGGAAGCAAAUGAGGCAAAAGGCUUUGGAGUGGAAAGAUAUAGCAGAAGCAGCUACCAGUAUUGGAGGAUCAUCUUACAAUAACUUCGAAAAAUUCAUCAAGGAGGCUCUUCUUCUGUGUAAAGAAGACUGUAAAAGAAUAAACGGUAUUGUAUGGGUGUGAUAUUUUUCUGUUUGUUUCUGUCAUCUCACUUCUUGUAUGCUUCACCAUGUAUUUUUCCAUUUUAUAUGUAUUGAAGACUGCUUGGGACUGUCAGGACUAAUGUGGUAUUCAGUCUCAAGUUUCCGGCAUUGA